GGGUAAAUAUUUUUGAGAGAUGGUAACACUGUACAUUGUGUCGACCGUCACCAAAAAUAAAACAGCAAAUUUACGUCGUGUUUGCUUCAGACUUGUGUUUCUGUUUAUUAAUUUUAUAAUGGUGCAUUUUAGUGCUACUCACAUUAUUGAAAUGAUGGGCUUGUCAAUAUUAUCUCUGGAGCUGAGUGAAUCCAAACGGGUGUCUUGAACACUUACAAACCACCUAGAAUAAUUUCUUUAUUUAGGUUAAUUACUUCAUUACAAUAUCUCCUUUUAUUUCAUUUCAGAGUAAUUAUUUAAUUUUUUUAACAUGUCAUCACUCAUUAUUUUCAGCUGAGGCAAUCUUAUCAUUUCUGCUCAAGAUAAAAUAUUGUUUGGCCAUUCAGAAUAAUAUUCUUUAACUAUCCACUUGUUUAUUUUGUUUUGUGUACUCAUAUCUGUUUCAUUUAUUUUUAAAAUCCCCAAUUUAAAAUGGCAUCAAGUGACCCUGAAAUCAAGGAUGGAUUCACUCUCCCAUUAUGGAUGAAAAGCAAGCCUACAAAAGAAUUUGAACCAUUCGCGGGAUCUCCACCGGCGCCCGAGGACUCGUUCUUCUACAUACGAUACCCUAAAACCGAUGUGCUGUUUGGACAAACGAAGAACAUUCAAGAAAUCUCCACCCUAUCGACAGAAACUAAGGAGGUGACCGCUGCUGCCGCGUACAAUAUUAUCAAAGAGAAGGACUGGUCGAAGCACACAAAGCCGUGCCAAGAUGUGCUGCACGGCAUCGCACCAAUCAACACCGCCGCUAGUUCAGUGACAUCAAAACCCAAGCCAGCGGGCACCGACGACGGAUUCAAAGGCGAAGGCGCGGCCUGCGGUAACUCAGUUGUCAAGGUGGCCAACCAGAUGGUGUCGUCGACGCGUUCCCCGCGCGGGUUCCUGGUGGCGUCGGUGUCGGAGGACAGCGUGGGCGAGGAGGCGGCGGCGCCUGCGCAGCCGCGGCGGCUGGCGGCGCGGCGCGGGAGCCGCAGCCUGCCCGCCACGCCGGCGCACUCGCCGCACACGAGCCCCACGCGCCGCCACAACGGCAACCGUUACUUCACAACCCCCUUCGAGCCGGUAGAAGAUUUCGGCAGUCGUUCGUGGCUGUCCAUGGCCCUGCUCGGCUUCAAAAAAGAUCUGACCACCUCCACGUCGACGUUAGCUGAAGAGGACACGCUCGAAGCCAGGCUGCAAGGUGGUACUUUGGCGGAGUCGGUGGAAAGCCUCGGCCCUUCACCCAAAGGCAAAGAACCUAAACUGCUGUCCCACGAACCGAUACAACAGCCGAAGGUGUCGAAGCCGUCUCACGGCUUCCUGCCAAAACCUUCGGAAUUGCGUGAAAUGAACUUCUGGUCGCCGACGUCGAUGUGAAACAAUCGCGAAGGGUUACGCUUUAAUGUUAUUAUUAUUUGAAACAUUUAUUUGCGUAGCUCUGUGGUGAUUUUUUUCCACGUGCUUCCUUCACGUGUCUUCAUCUUCACUCUGCUGCCGAAAUGUAUGGAGUUUGAGGAUUCAGUCGCGGUUUAAGCGUUUCUUUGGGAUGUGAUUAUCAAUAUUAUGUGAUCACUAAAUAAGAUGAACUUGUACUUCCAAGUUACCAUUGCCAUUUAAAAGAGAUUUUUUUCACAAAUAUUGACUAUUACAGCUUUGAAAUAAAACUGAUUUUUUAAUAUUGAAUUGAAUUUUGUUUAAAACGGACGGCUUUUUGUGACAGAUAUGAAUUGUAAGUAAUGGUUUUGUGAGGCAGGCUUUGAAUCUAUAAUUGAGAUAUUCCAUUUAGGUUAGAUUUAGUGGAUUUUUUCUUUACCCGUACAAGAAUAUAUUGUAAUGCAUUAAAAUGUAAGUUCAUUCAUCCAGAUUAAUAGUGGUUAGAUAAUUAUCGUGCAUAACCUUAACAUAAGCACAAUAACAUAAUUAUGUUUACUUAAUUUUGCAUAAAUAAGUAAAUUUAUAUGACGCGUAUUUAUAGGGGGAUAUAAAUCUAAAAUGACAAACUUAUAAAUCUAUGUGAUAUUAUCUAUGUAAGAUAGAUCGAAAUCUUUCAUUGUUUAUUUGAAAGUAUUAUUGGAUAAAAGACUUAUUUUUUAAUAAUAUUAUCAAUGUAUUUCCAUGAUUUACCUUAGUUUUGAGCAGAACUAAUAAGAUUGUAUUUUGUUACAUAAUAUUAUAUUUAAACGCCGAAGUAAACAUAAAUAAAUACUGUUGUUCUGUCUUCUA